GUUUCAUUUUCCCUCCUUUCCACUACCUCGUGUUUUAUACCAACUGAGUACAAUGAAAGUAUAAGCCUGACAUCAAUAUCACAGUCCUUCUCUCCAUAGAGGGUACACAAAAACAGCUCUUGAUUAAAUGGCACCAGUAACAGCCACAAACGUCAUUUCCCCUAAUCGCUACAAUACCCGCAGCACCAAUGUCCCAAGCUCUAGACCUAAGGACCAGAAUGACGGGCCCAAUAGCCGUUCAGGCCCCGAAGGGAGGAGAUCAAGAAAACGAAACCAUGAUAAAGUACAACAAGAGACCACACCGGCUUCUAAACCGAAUCGUAAUCCCAAGAAACCCUCCACUAGUGGUCGCAAAGGAACUCUUAUGACCGAGAAGCAUAUUCUAUUCUGGGGAGGACCACUGUCGAAUUGGAAUCUUGGAGCUCUAUUUCCCGGCGAUCGUGUCUUGUCACUUCUCCUACCACGUCUUGACGAUGCACAAAUCCCCCAUCCCAAAGAAACCAGUCUAGGAACAAGUCUAAUUCGAAACCAUGAGUUCAACUGUGGUGAGCAAGCAAUGAUGGCAUUAAAGGCAUGGCUUUUUGAGGACAAUGAAACUCUCAAAGCUGAUGCUACAUCCCAUGGAGACAAGCUCAAAUUCAUGAUGUCUACAAUAUCAAACCCGGCUGAGUACGAGUCCCUUGAUGCUCUACAAACCCCGCCUGUCAUAGACAAAACACGACAGUCAUUCCUAGUCAAUAUCCUACAUGCAUCAUCACCCAAGGCACAAAAGGCACUUGGUCGACAAGUACCAAACUUCAAUGGCUCUGUGUGGCAGAAAGCCGCCGCUGAAAUCGUCACUUGUACCAGUAUCGCACGAGCAGAGGCUGAUGAGGAACUCCGCUCCUGGUAUGUGAAAGCUGGCUCAAGAAGAUUUGUCGAGGCAAGUCCAGUUGAUCGGAUCUGGGGUAUUGGUUUGAAGUGGGAUAACCCUCUGGCUGACGAUGAAUCAAAAUGGAGAGGAAAGAAUCUCUUAGGGGUGUGUCAUGAUGCAGCUGCUGAAGUCAUUAGGAAACAGUAUCAAUAGUCGGGGAUCUUGGUACGGUGGGUCGCAGAAAUUGGCACUCUGCUUUCAUGUCAUUAUUCGCCAUCGCUGGUAGGGUUGGGUGAUUUCAAGUAUAGCAUGAGACUUGACCAUGAUUUAGUGUUUUUUUUGCUUUCAUGAUAGUCAUUCUUCAUGGCUAUUCUGGAGACAACAAUGGAAGAACGAAGC